AUGGCGGCGCUGGUGAAAGGUGUGAGAGGUGCUGUGCGACCAUUGCUGCCGGUGGCCCAAAUCUGGGACCUCGACGCGCGGCGCUGGGUCCGGGCGCUGCGGCGGAGCCCCUUGAAAGUGGUGUUUCCAUCUGGACAGAUGGUGGAACGGAGGCGCGCUCCUGGGAAGCAGCCCCGCAAGGCGGUGUCUGAGGCCACUCCCCACGAGCCGCGACAGAAACAGCCGCCUCAGAUGUCCCCAUCCGAGACUCCCGUCACCUGGGAAGAGUCAGGGCUUCGCUACGAUAAGGCUUUUUCCGGGGACAGGAGGCUGAGUAGUGUAAUGACAAUCGUUAAGUCCAGGCCAUUUCGGGAAAAGAAAGGGAAGAUCCUGCUGGAAGGUCGCAGGCUGAUUGCAGACGCCCUCAAGGCUGGAGCUGUGCCAAAAGUUUUCUUCUUUAGCCGUCUGGAAUACAUAAAAGAGCUGCCAGUCGAUAAGCUGAAAGGUGUCAGCCUCAUUAAGGUGAAAUUUGAGGAUAUCAAGGAUUGGUCCGACCUAGUAACGCCACAAGGAAUAAUGGGGAUUUUUGCCAAACCUGACCAUGUUAAAAUGACAUAUCCAAAGACUCAGCUUCACCAUUCACUGCCCUUAUUGUUGAUUUGUGACAAUCUCCGUGACCCUGGGAACCUGGGGACAAUUCUGAGAUCUGCUGCCGGGGCAGGCUGCAGCAAAGUAUUACUGACCAAAGGCUGUGUGGAUGCCUGGGAGCCCAAGGUGCUACGGGCAGGUAUGGGUGCACAUUUCCAGGUGCCCAUUAUCAACAAUCUGGAAUGGGAGGCAGUGCCCAAUUACCUGCCCCCUGACACCCGAGUACACGUGGCUGACAACUGUGGCCUUUAUGCUCAGGCCCAGAUGUCUAAUAAAGCCAGUGACCAUGGCCGGGUAUGUGAUCGACGAUUCCUAAAGAUUCACAAGUAUGAUGAUGAGGUGGUGGAGGAGGACCUAGAAACUGGAGCCAGUAAAGACUGGCUCCCUGACGUUGAGGUCCAGAGUUAUGACUUGGACUGGACAGAGGAGCCAGCAGCUGUGGUGAUAGGUGGGGAGACCCACGGUGUGAGCCUGGAAUCCCUGCAGUUGGCCGAGAGCACUGGGGGUAAGAGGCUGCUGAUCCCUGUCGUGCCUGGUGUGGACAGCCUAAACUCAGCCAUGGCUGCAAGCAUCUUGCUUUUCGAAGGGAAAAGACAACUGCGGGUGAGGGCGGAACACUUGAGCAGGGACAGGAGUUACCACUGAGAGGGGACAUGGAAAUUAGUUCUCAGUUUGAGGAUGUCUCCAGGACCUCCUACCCCUGACACACUGUUAGGAGGCUGGCAGAGUCAGACUGUGGCUUCCCAGGCCAUAUUCAAGGGGCAAGAGGUGGGCAUGAUGCCAUCCAAUAUGGAUAUUAGAAAAAUAAUUUCCAUGAACUUCCUAAGAUUUCCUCUCUCUCCACUGAUUCUGAGGUUAGAUUUUUUUUUCCCCUGGUGACAAAUAGGCUCUAUAUGUAUGUUUUUAAAAAUUGUCUUGCUGAGGAGCAUUUUGUGCCCAGAAAGUUCCUGCAGGCAUCAUCUUGGGCAGGGAAGAAUUCCCUUCACCAGCUGGUGGUUUGGCAGUCACUGAACACUGUUUAUAGGUCAUGGCUAAAUCACUCAUGUCUGAUCAUUGGUCAAUGGAAAAUAAACUCCUAUGAAGUAUAAAACCAGCAGAUUACAGUAAAGAGUUUUUAGGUAGGUCAUUGGGUCUCAAUGCCUGUUUUUUCAUCUUUGGCUUAGUCACAAGGACACUGAUAGGAGAUUGAUAACUCAGGAAGCUCAGGGUACAGGUCAUGGCAGUCGGUGGCUAGCUGUUCUUUAGGCAUGGAUAUAUCAAUCUGGGAUUGUUUGUUCAGGCCUUAACUUAAAUAGCCACUGUUUAGGCAGAACAAUAUUUUUCCCCCUUUCUGGUCAUUGGUAGAAACAGCUUAAUUCGUCAGCAUCUUAGCAUCUCUGCAGAUAUCUUUUUAAGUUUAUGCAAAAAAGAAGGAAGAAAAGUUACAAACUUUUUUAUAACCGAGUUAUGAAAUCUUCAGCUUAAUGCAACAUCUGUCAGGAAAGCUUCACCCUUUUUAUUAGCUCCUGCUGUCAGUCCUGCUUUAUGUAACACUUUUGGUUCAAUGUAACGAUGUACAUAUUUACAUUUAACGUCCCCCUACUUCCCCAGCAUACAGGAACAGAACUGUUUAGGAAAAUGCCAGCAUUCCUGGAUGUUAUGUGAACAGAGGGCUUCUGUGAGGGGAGGGCGCUGAGGAUGAGAGCUUGGGGCUCUUGGGCCCACAACACUGCAGCAAGACCCUGCUGUUCUUCUCUCAAACUCCCAGCGGACCAGGGCAAGCUGGAUCCUUACCAGGUGCCAGCCAGGGCACAGGCAGGAAUAUGAGGGCAAAUGCAGAUGGUAAUAAUUGUAUUUGUAAGUAACUGUGGGAAGGGGGUGGGUGGGCUGGAGAUGGGACUCAUUUCAAGCACUGCUUUUGCAACCAUGAAGGAUAGGGUUGAAGUUGAGGAAGACACCAGUGGUGUGGUUUUACCACACAUCUCUUUGUACAGUGGUUCCUGUAAUGGUCUGGAUUCCUCGGGAGCCCUUCAGCUGCUCACUCCAGGGAGAUCAAGUUAGUUGCUAGUAUGCCCAAGAGAAACCAUGGACAACCCUCCCUCAUUCCUCCCCCUUUGCUCCCCCAGCUCCCCAGGAAAACUUCCUCUCAGGAGAACCAAAUAGUCAAGCAUGAUUCAUAUCCCAAGUGGCAGGGUGGGAUUGCUUUGGCAUGUUUGAGGGGAGGGGUGUUUGCAGGAACAGUGCUCUUUGGUUGGCUGUGUCAGCAGCAGUCAGCCUGACCUGCUACUCUGGUUGUCCCCUCUGCUCUGGGCCUGCCCAGGGCCCCACACGUUUGAUGCACAUGGCCCACAGACUGUUGUUGAGACCCUUGAUCCCCAGUCUUCUUCUUUUAGAAAGUAGAAGAGCCCAAAGCCUUUGCCCACAAAGGCUGGAGCAUAUCGGCAGACUUCAUAAGAAUUAAAGAUGACUGUAAUGCCUGUUGCUGGAGAAUUCGUACCACCUGAGUCUGCUGACAUUUGGUCUCCUUCAACACGUUGGAAUAGUGCUAAAGAAACAAGUCACUAAAAGGAAGCUCAUGUCUUUCUGAAACCAGUCUCCUGUAAUUUGUGUUCUGGGGUUAUGUUCCCGCUGAAUUGUGUUACAAAAUAAAAAUCAAUGAAAGCACAAA